UCCGCCUCGUCGCGGUGGUUGUUGUUGUUGGUGGAGGUUGUUGGUGGUGGUUGUUGUUGAUGGUGGUUGUUGUUGAAGGUUGUUGUUGUUGUUGGUGGUUGUUGUUGGUGGUAGUGGUGGUUGUUGAAGGUUGUUGGUGGUUGUUGUUGUUUCUUGGUGGUGGUUGUUGAAGGUUGUUGGUGGUUGUUGUUGUUUCUUGGUGGUGGUGGUGGUGGUGGUUGUUGUUGCAAUCGGAGUCCAACCCGAGCAUCCACCGCUCCGAGUCCCCGGGCCUCUUCCGGUGUCUCGCGCCGGUUCAAAGGGCGUGGCCGCGUGACGUCACCAAACGGUGGGCGGGGCCUCCUGGACACGUGGUCGCUUCGGACAUGGCGGCGCCCAGCGGCGGCGGCGGGACACGUGGAUUACUGGAACCGCCGGCUGCGUCUGGCACCGCGUGUGCCCGGGGCGUGUCGCUUUCGUUCACGCUGCCCGUGUCGUGCCACGUCUGCCUCAACAGGGUUCAGGAGCCCAUGUGCUGCCCGAACCUGCACGUGUUCUGCGCCGCGUGCAUCGAACUGUGGCUACGCACGAGCCCCCACUGCCCCGUGUGCCGCUGCCCGGUGACCGCCGAGAAGCCGUGCGCACGCCUCAUCGGUGGGGGCGACGUCCCGCACGCUCCUGGGAGCCCCACACAGCGGAGGCGGUUGAGAUCGGCGCGGCUGGAGGUGCUGCGGAGAGAGUACGAGGAGGAGGCGGAGACGCUGGCGGUGGAGGUGGAGCGGCUGCAGGGAGAGAACAACGCUCUCUGGGCCCAGCUGCGUGCGAAUCCGGGCGAGCCCGCGGGGUCGGAGGUCGACGGCCGGCCCGCGGGGUCGGAGGUCGACCCGGCGGUGCUACUCGCGCUCUCGGGGAAGCUGAAGGCGGCGCGCGAUGAGCUCCGAGCGACGAGAAACGAGAUGAGCAGGGAGCGCGAGGUGCACGCGCAGCUGCGGGAGGAGAACGUCGACCUGCAGCGCGAGAACCAGAGCCUGCGCAUGGAGAUCGACAGCCGCUCCCCGCACAGGUUCGGCCGCGCCACCGUCGCCGCGCUGCAGGCCAAGCUGGAGCAGCAGCGGCGCGAACUCGGCCGCCUGGGCAAGGCCCUGGAGCGCAGCGACCGCUACACCGACGAGCUGGAAGCCCGGCUCGCUGGGGUCGCGGGGGCCACUGGGGUCGCGGGGGUCGCUGGGGUCGCGGGGGUCGUGGGGGAUCCCCGGGAGGGCCGCGAGGAAACCGCUGCCGGCCCUCCGUGGCGGGGGGCGCCCGGCGGUGGCACGGUGCGUAGGCUCGCGUUCGACGUCGCCGCCACCGCCGUCACCUCGCCGCCACCGGUGGAGAGUGGCGCACUGCAGGGGGGGGGCGGGGGUGCGGGGGGGCCGAUCCUGUCCGUGGGGGUGCCCCCCCCGCCCGAGCCGUGUCACGGCCCCCCCCAGGGCGACAGAGAAGAAGGGGCUGGUGGGGGCGCGCCGGGCUCCCCGCUGCCGCCGAAGCGAACGAGAGCCGAGGACUGACGGAGAGGGCGCGGGGGGAGUUCACGCAAAGACAAAGGCACCCCAUGUAGCCUCCACAGCAAGGGCCGUUAGCGAGCACCUAUUAAGGGCGGCACUACGGGGAGGUGUGGCCCUCGCCAGCCCGUCAGCCUUUGUCUUCCCAGUGCUGAGGUUUCUGCGCAGCGCCAGUUCCUCGUUUGUUGACCGUGGCCGAGAAUCGAACUUGACUCUCCGGGUUCGUAGUGCGUUGCGCGAACCACUGCGCCUCCGCUCUUCGUUCACCUCGAGAAAGACAUCGACACACACUCACGUUCACACACACACACGAUAUACUGUAUUGUGAAUAACGGUUACAUUUAGUGGUGAUGUAGAUAUGUUACUGGGAUGAUGUGGGUAGUGAUGUUGACAUGGUGAUGUUGAUGGUGAUGUUGCUCUGGUGAUGUAGCAAUUUUUCCUAUGGUGAUGUUGGUGGCGGUGUUGCUACGUUGAUCUUGCCAUGCCGAUUUGGCUAUCGUGAUGUUGGUUGCGAUGUUGCUGUGGUGAUGUCAUAGUGAUGUUGCCGUGGUGAUGUUGCCGUGGCGAUGUUGCCGUGGCGAUGGUCCUCUCACGUGGCCGGUGCCGCCGCGCUGUCUCACGUGACCGAGGGGUCAAGCAGGCAGCAGUGCACCACCUUGUAGCGGAGACGCCGCGGGGGAGAGAGGUCGCGGCCUGCUGAGAGCGCGUGGUGGCGGAGAGAGCGUGGUGCGUCGAUGGAAACCGCGUUAUCAGAGCUGGAGUUUUGCCAAAUAAAAUGAGGAACCGAGUCUAAUGUGCCGGGGUUUCUGUGCGGAGCCAUUAGUGACCGGGCUAACACCAUCACUGGCUCGCUGCACUCGAGAAGGCAAUUUCCUCGCGACUCGGGGCCCGUGCGUGUCUGUGGGUCUCUAUGAGAGAGUGUUUCUCCGUAAGUCUGUGUGCGUCUGUUUAACACGUCGGCAUU